GUAAGCGCUGACCAAGAUGGCGGCCACCACAACACAGGGUGGAGCACAACAACCAUGGCGGAGGAGGACGUCAGUGUUACCUUUAAAGACCUGGGUUUGAUUGAUGAGCUGUGUGAAGCUUGUACUCGAAUGGGAUGGAAAGUCCCAACAGCCAUCCAGAAAGAAGCUAUUCCUCUGGCAUUAAAAGAUAAAGAUGUCAUAGGCCUGGCUGAAACUGGAUCAGGGAAGACAGGGGCAUUUGGACUUCCAGUACUCCAGGCCCUUAUAUCUCAACCACAGCGACUGUUUUCACUUGUUUUGACACCAACAAGAGAAUUGGCAUUCCAAAUUAAAGAGCAGUUUGAGGCACUAGGUAAGGCAGUAGGUGUAACAUGCAUGGUAAUUGUUGGAGGAAUGGACAUGACCCAGCAGGCAGUGGAGCUAGGAAAACGACCUCACAUAAUUGUUGCUACACCUGGACGUCUUUUGGAUCACCUGGAAAAGACAAAGGGAUUUAACCUCAAGGCAUUGAAAUAUUUGAUCAUGGAUGAGGCUGACCGUAUCCUAAACAUGGAUUUUGAAGAGGAAGUUGACAAGAUAUUGAAAGUACUACCUCGUGAGAGAAGAACAAUGCUCUUCUCUGCUACCAUGACCAGCAAAGUGAACAAACUACAGCGAGCACAUCUAAAAGAUCCCGUUAAAGUGGAGGUGUCAUCCAAAUACCAGACAGUGAUCAAACUGCAGCAGCACAUGCUCUUCAUUCCAUGUAAACAUAAACACAUCUACCUGACUUACAUCUUGAAUGAGAUUGGAAACCAGUCUGUUAUUGUCUUCUGUUCCACACAGCUAUCUACCUUAAAAACUGCACUUAUGCUGAGAAACCUUGGAUUUACAGCUAUCCCUCUUUAUGGUAAAAUGUCACAGAACAAGCGCUUGGGAUCACUAAAUAAGUUCAAAGCCAAAGAAAGAUCUAUUCUUCUAGCAACAGAUGUGGCCUCAAGAGGUCUGGACAUUCCUUGUGUGGACUACGUGAUUAAUUUUGAUGUCCCACUGCAGAGCAAGGAUUACAUUCAUCGAGUUGGUAGAACUGCUCGUGCUGGCAAGUCAGGUGUUGCUAUCACUUUUGUGUCACAGUAUGAAGUGGAAGUGUACCAGAGAAUAGAACAGCUCUUGGACACCAAAUUAGAUGUGUAUCCUACCGUAAAGGAAGAAGCUAUGAUUCUUGAGGAAAGAAUAGCAGAAGCAGAGAGAUUUGCCAAGCUGGAGAUGGCUCGACUUGAUGAGAAGGGUGGGAAAAGGUCCAAGAAGCGGGACUAUAUGGAUGAUGACACUGAAGAGAGCAUGGGUGUCAGGAAUCGAAUAAAGAAAAAUAAGAAGAAAUUUAAGAAAUAAAUAAUAAAUGAAUGAAAGUUUUUUGCAAUACAGGUAUAGAGAAUUUUUUGUACUGUACUAGUUUAUUUGUUAAAUUCUUUGUUGAACUUAAUCACUUUGGUGAGUUUUUAGAAGGCUUGAGUUCAAAUGCCUAAGAAUACUUUUCUUUACUGAUGUGAAUAUAAUGUAGAGAAUAUACAAAUACCCAGGUGAAUUAAAAAUUGAUUCCCCUAGUUAACAAACACAGUAAUGUCACUCAGGUAUAGGCACAUCCAUUCAGUAUGAAAAAGCAAGAUACAUAACUAACUUUUGGCAGGAGCAAAAAGCUGAUUGUUUAGUAUUUAAAGUGCUGACUUUAGGUCUGGGCAAUCAAGUGACAGUGGUAUGCCCAGUUUCUAUUUAUAGAUGUGUUGUGUUACUAUAUAAAAACCGAGUGCAGUAACAAUUUGUAUAAACACAAUAACUCAGUUGUCCUACUAUGUUCCCACAGUUUGAUAAAACAUCACUCAGUUGUGCUGUUGUAUUCUGACAGUAUAAUACCAGUAGAUUACACAAAAUAACUGCUGGGACUUUAAAGUUCAUAUUUAGUACAUAAUGUGCCUUUGUUAAAACUUUACCAUUUGAUCUUGAAUUUGGAAAUGCUGUAAUAUGUACAAGUAUACUGUAUACCUUUUUAUAUAGCACUUUGUUUUGAAAGUAAUAAAUAAUGAUAACUGUA